AUGCUGACGAGAACAGAGGAAAGCGGAGUGGGCAAUCAGGAAGAACGUGCUCGCCACGAAAUCCAUCGAGAGGACAACUUUGAACAACCACGACCAGUUCUGGGAGAAGGUACUAGACGAAGGAGCACGAAAUCGGCUUGUAGAGAACAUUUUCGGCACGAUGAAAGACUGCAAGCCGUACAUACAGGAACGUGCAAUUCAAAACUUCGCAAAUGUUCACAAGAGAUUCAUAUUUUCCAGUCGUUGCUAAGUGAAAUGAACUUGCAGGUACACCCCGACUUCGGCAACAAACUUCGAAAGAUGAUUGACACAUACAAUUCCACCAGGGGUGUCCGUUCGUGCCUCUAA